AUGGCAAAGCUCAAAAGCAAAGGCAGCGGCUCCAGGAGGACAAAGAAAGAUCUUAGCAAGGUAACCUGUUUCAAUUGCAAGGAAAUGGGUCAUUUCAAAUCUGAUUGUCCCAAGUUAAAAAAGGAAGAGAAGCCGAAAAAAGUGAAGAAGAAGGGACUGAUGGCCACAUGGGAAGAUUUGGAAAAUGACUCAGAUGAUGAUGAUGAAGAGUCUGAGACUAAAUCACAGCACUGUCUUAUGCAAAAUUUCAUUCUUAAAGCUGAAAAUGAUUUCCUCAAAGAAAAACUAAGAGAGGCCGAAACUGCUUGUGAUCUUGUGGAAGAAAACAAGUUGUUAAAAGCCCAAGUUAGAAGCUGUGAAAGUGAUCAUUCUGUUCUAGCUUAUGUGAACUGUUUUAAGCAAAAUGAAGAGUUGCUCAAAGAGGUUGAAAGACUUAAAGAUGACUUAGCCAAGUUCACCCAAAAUAAUGAUUCAGAUGGAGAAGGAGCUGAAACAAGCAAAGAAAAUCCCAAAUCUGUCCAGAAUGAAGAAUCUGCCAGUCCAGUUUUGUCUCGUCAGAUUGAAGGAGAAACUCCCGAUUUGUCUCCUGAGCAGGGACGAGAAACUGAAACAGUGAGACAAUCAGAAGUUCAUCAAAGCUCAACACCUGUCCGAAAACCUAGAGAAUGGAAAUCCAUGAGGGGCUAUCCUCAUGACUUCAUCAUUGGUGAUCCCUCUUAA